CCUGCUCACAAUCCUAGCGACUUCAUUGUAUUGUUAUUCCUGAAAUAGACAAGACCUCUCCAAAGGGUUAAAUCUCAAGCGACGUGUUACCCCCCCAAACAAAAGGCGGUCGCAGUGGCACCAAGCGUAUGAGUGUCAAUGCAGUGCGGGACUGCGCGCGCGUGUGUGGGAGACGCGCGGGUGGAUCGUGCUGAGUUGAGAAGAGCGCACGGCGCGCGCACUCUGGGAUACUUCACUUGACAGCCAGCCUCCUUGUAUUCAAGCAUUUGUCGGGAUUAAGUAGCGGGGAAGGAGCAUUUCCACUCUGUUGCUUUGUUGUAGACUUUGGAACGUUGUGCUAAUUGGUCCAUGUAGCUCUUCUUUGUAGACAAGCCAGGAUUUUGGACUAAGUGGAUUGAAGCAGGUGACACGAGAUGCUUUUGCCAUUUAAGUGAGCGAUUACAUUCAAAAGUUGACAACAGAGAUGUUUGAGCGACAUAUGCCCGUCUGCCCCAAAUCUUCACAUCUUCAAGAGGAUUUAAACAUUGCUCUUCUUAAGUAAACACAUCCCCACCCGAAAAAGUCAUCAAAAAUGGGAGCCCUAAAGAUAUUCUUCUUUUCACUUCUCCUGCACCAGGCCGCAUCCAGCAAAGUACGCGGGGGAACCUCAGAGUUGAUGGAGUGGGGGGACGGCACACACAAACUGUCGUCCCCCACGGGCGCCAGUCCUCGGAUCCUCAACCCUUUGCGUUUGUUCGCCAGGGCCUCCCCUGGGUUCAAGAGCGACGUGAGGGAAAUGUCCUACAUACAGAACAUGGAGGACUUCUGGGACUGGUUAUCUAACCAGACAGAUGUUCAGGAUCCCCAGGCCAGAACUAAACGCAGGCCCAUCGUCAAGACCGGCAAGUUCAAAAAGAUGUUCGGGUGGGGCGACUUCCACUCCAACAUCAAGACGGUCAAACUCAACCUGCUGAUCACGGGCAAGAUCGUGGACCACGGCAACGGCACCUUUAGCGUUUACUUCCGCCACAACUCCACGGGCCUGGGCAACGUGUCAGUCAGCCUGGUGCCGCCCUCCAAGGUGGUGGAGUUCGAGAUGGCCCAACAGUCCACGCUGGAGACCAAAGACACCAAGUCCUUCAAUUGCCGCAUCGAGUACGAGAAGACGGACCGCAACAAGAAGACGGCGCUGUGCAGUUUCGAUCCGUCCAAGGUUUGCUAUCAGGAGCAGACGCAGAGUCACGUGUCCUGGCUCUGCUCCAAGCCCUUCAAGGUCAUAUGCAUUUAUAUCGCCUUCUACAGUGUGGACUAUAAACUGGUGCAGAAGGUCUGCCCUGACUACAACUACCACAGUGACACGCCGUAUUCCUCCACGGGAUGACGUGGCUCACCUGUGUGUCUAUUUGUGUGUGUGUGUGUGUGUGUGUGUGUGUGUGUGCACUUGUGCACCUUUUGUUUGACCUUCAGAUCAUGCUUGUCAGCCUCUAAGCCAGUGGUGUCCAAAUAUUGUCCUCUGAGGGCCACAUACAGAAAAAUGGAGGUGUGCAACUUUAUUUA